AGAACUCGCCAUCAUGAGUAGCACCUUAGCCAAGAUCGCGGAGAUCGAAGCCGAGAUGGCUCGAACUCAAAAGAACAAGGCCACAGCGCACCACCUAGGACUGCUAAGGGCUCGUCUUGCUAAACUUCGCAGAGAACUCAUUACUCCCAAAGGUGGUGGUGGUGGUGGGCCAGGAGAAGGUUUUGAUGUGGCCAAGACAGGUGAUGCUCCGAUUGGAUUUGUGGGUUUUCCAUCUGUGGGGAAGUCAACACUGCUUAGUAACCUGGCGGGAGUGUAUUCUGAGGUGGCAGCCUAUGAGUUCACUACUCUGACCACUGUACCCAGCGUCAUCAGAUACAAAGGUGACAAGAUCCAGCUUCUGGAUCUCCCAGGUAUCAUUGAAGGUGCUAAGGAUGGCAAAGGUAGAGGCCGUCAAGUUAUUGCAGUGGCCCGGACCUGUAACUUGAUCCUGAUUGUUCUGGAUGUCCUAAAGCCUUUGGGGCAUAAGAAGAUCAUUGAAAAUGAACUGGAAGGCUUUGGCAUUCGCUUGAACAGCAAAGCCCCCAACAUUGGCUUUAAGAAGAAGGACAAAGGAGGCAUUAACUUGACA